AUGACAGAAUCUUCAAGCUCCAAACUCCAAUGCCUGCAUCCCCUUCAAACCGUGUUUCCCGCCCCACAUCAUGGGAUCUCGGCACAGAUCAGCUCUCUGCGGAUGAACCCUAUCGAUUCAGGGAUGUACCUGCCUCCACAGCACCCGAGUGUGCCCAUGGACGGCCCAGUUCUGCCUUACACUUACCCCAUGACGCCCAUUGCCCUGCAGCCUGUGCUCUCAACGCUAAAACCCUUCCGGCAUUCCCACAGUGACCCAGACGAAAAACUCUCUGUGUCCCAAUUACAACCGGACACCAGCGGUCAGGAGCGCCGAGAUGGAUGUUUAGAUUGCCAGAAAUCUUACUUUACCUUCUCUAGCCUGAGCAAGCAGAGGAAUCUACACUGUGAGUGGCAAUGCAAGAAGUACUUCAGCUGUAAAUACUGCGAUAAAGAGUAUGUGAGUCUCGGAGCGCUGAAGAUGCACAUCCGAACGCACACGCUGCCUUGUGUAUGUAAGCUCUGCGGAAAGGCCUUCUCCAGGCCAUGGCUGCUUCAGGGACACAUUCGCACACACACGGGUGAGAAGCCGUUCUCCUGUCCGCACUGCAGUCGCGCAUUUGCUGACCGGUCAAACCUUCGAGCGCAUCUACAAACCCACUCUGAGAUCAAGAAAUAUCAGUGUAGAAGCUGUUUAAAGACCUUCUCCAGAAUAUCACUCCUGUCAAAACACGAGGAAGCAGGCUGCUGCCCGAUGUCAUGAACGGAUUAAUCUGAUAUACAGACCCACAUACACUGAAAGAUCAUAUGCUGAAUGCGACCGUAAAUAUUUUUCA